GUUUGAACAGGAAGGCGGACAUAUUUGUGUGACUCUGCCCUCCUCGAUGAGUUGCUGAGGCAGCGGUGGCCGCCCUGGGGCCUCAUUCUCUUCUCUUCGUUCGGUUUCCUCGCACUGGGGAGGAGCGGCCCUUUCUCUUCCGUGGCGGAACAGGGCAGGGUCGUCGAGUGGAGCCCAGCCCAGGCAGCUGUGUGCUUAAACCCCCCCAGAUUUGAAGCCUGGUGAAGUGGACGAUUCGCAGCUUCAGUCAGGAAAGGAGGGGGGGGGGAGGGAGGAAAGGACGGAGCCGAGCGGCGGAGAGCGCCCGCGAGGACCGGGGUAGAGAGGCGACGAGGGGGAAAGGGGCGCGCGGAGGAAGGAAGAUGCUUCAGCCGUGGCGCGGCCGUUGGUGAAGCCGCGCGUGUCCGGAGGGCAAGGCGGCGGCUCCUUCCCCCUCGAGAAGCGGGGCCGGGGCGGCCUGUGCAGCAGCUGGCAUCUUCCCGCUUAGCCCCGCUGCGGCUCGGGCAGGGAGCGAAGCAGUGCCCUUUCUCGGGCCUGGGUCUCUAUGGAGGGAGCAGCCCGGUGACGCUCUGAGGUUUCCUGUUUUCAUGGUAGGCCCCUCUCGCUCGGCUUUCCUUCCUUCGCUGCAAAGAAGCUGCUGCUGGGGAGGUGGCACCGGAGGAGGAGCGGCGGCGGCGGCGGCGGCAGGAGGAACCGCUACGCUGGCUGCCAGGGCGGCUGCCUGGAUGGGAAUAUGCGGCUGCAGAGACAUCGGGGCCCAAGCUGGAGAAAAGAAAAGACUGGCAAGGCUGUGACGGGAGCCUAGGAGUUAAGGGGCAGCUGGUGAAGACUGUUCCCUGGAGAGGGAAUAGGGCCGCUGUUCCCACUUUCGGCUCUGAUUCUCUGUUUUGUGUGAUGAUGUGCGGCGGGGGGAGCAUGAGGGACAACUGCUCUGCAUCCCCAUCUCCGCUCUGAUAAGGUGGGCUACACAAGCCGGCUCAGGGGGAGCCCCUGUUCGUUUUUGCUUUUCUGUCGAGUGAGGCGACCACCGUUCGGCACCAUGUCGAUAGGAGAAAGCUUUGAAUCUCGAUUUGAGAAAAUCGGUAUGAUGUUAAGGGACCCCAAGUCUGAAGUGAACGCCGAUUGCUUAUUGGAUGGAUUAGAUGCACUGGUGUAUGACUUGGAUUUUCCUGCUUUAAGGAAAAAUAAAAACAUAGACACCUUUUUAAACAAAUAUAAAGACACAAUAAACAAAAUCAGAGAUCUCCGUAUGAAAGCUGAAGAUUAUGAAGUAGUGAAAGUGAUUGGCAGAGGUGCAUUUGGGGAAGUUCAGUUGGUAAGGCACAAGUCAUCAAGAAAGGUCUAUGCCAUGAAGCUUCUGAGCAAGUUUGAGAUGAUAAAAAGAUCAGAUUCUGCAUUCUUUUGGGAGGAGAGAGACAUCAUGGCAUUUGCAAAUAGCCCUUGGGUUGUGCAGCUGUUUUAUGCGUUCCAAGAUGACCGUUACCUUUAUAUGGUGAUGGAAUACAUGCCUGGUGGGGACCUGGUGAAUUUAAUGAGCAACUAUGAUGUUCCUGAGAAAUGGGCACGAUUUUAUACUGCAGAGGUUGUUCUUGCAUUAGAUGCAAUUCACUCCAUGGGCUUUAUUCACAGAGAUGUAAAACCUGAUAAUAUGCUGCUUGAUAAAUCUGGUCAUUUAAAACUAGCAGAUUUUGGUACCUGUAUGAAGAUGAAUAAGGAAGGUAUGGUACGAUGUGAUACAGCUGUUGGAACUCCAGACUAUAUAUCUCCAGAAGUAUUAAAAUCUCAAGGUGGUGAUGGUUACUAUGGGCGGGAAUGUGACUGGUGGUCAGUUGGCGUCUUUUUGUAUGAAAUGCUUGUUGGGGAUACACCUUUUUAUGCUGAUUCAUUGGUUGGAACAUACAGUAAAAUUAUGAACCAUAAGAAUUCUCUGAGCUUCCCCGAAGAUAAUGAUAUCUCAAAAGAUGCAAAAAAUCUUAUUUGUGCCUUCUUAACUGACAGGGAAGUCAGAUUAGGCCGAAAUGGUGUAGAAGAAAUCAAGCGGCAUCUGUUCUUCAAAAAUGACCAGUGGGCUUGGGAAAAUCUGAGAGACACUGUAGCACCAGUUGUGCCUGAUUUAAGUAGCGACAUUGACACUAGUAACUUUGAUGAUCUGGAGGAAGAUAAAGGAGAAGAAGAAACGUUCCCUAUACCAAAAGCAUUUGUUGGCAACCAGCUGCCUUUUGUAGGAUUUACUUACUACAGUAACCAUCAGUAUUUGUCCAGUUCUACGGCAAACUCUAAUGACAACAGAGCAAGCACCAAUGUAGAUAAAAGUCUGCUGGAAUCUCUCCAAAAAACCAUCUAUCAGCUUGAAGAACAGUUACAAAAUGAAAUGCAGUUGAAAGAUGAAAUGGAACAAAAAUUCAGAACGUCAAAUAUUAAACUAGACAAGAUAAUGAAGGAAUUAGAUGAAGAGGUGAAUCAGAGAAAGAACUUGGAAUCUACUGUUACUCAGGUUGAAAAGGAAAAUAUGCUGCUGCAACACAGAAUAAAUGAAUAUCAGAGAAAGUCAGAACAAGAGAGUGAAAAACGUCGGAAUGUAGAAAAUGAAGUAUCAACAUUAAAAGAACAGUUGGAAGACUUAAGAAAAAUUAGUCAGCAUUCACAUAUUACAAAUGAAAAAAUAACGCAAUUGCAAAAGCAACUAGAAGAAGCCAAUGAUUUAUUAAGAACAGAAUCUGAUACUGCAGCAAGAUUGAGAAAGAGUCAUACAGAAAUGAGCAAGUCAGUGAGCCAGUUUGAAGCCCUAAACAGGGAACUGCAAGAGAGAUACAGAGUUCUAGAGACCACAAAGUUACAAGUGGAGAAGGAUUAUUACCAACUGCAGGCAGCCCUGGAAGUAGAACGGAGGGAUAGGACUCACGGAUCAGAAAUUAUUGGAGAGCUACAAGCUCGGAUUACAUCUUUACAAGAAGAAAUCAAAGGUGUAAAAAACAAUCUUGAAAAAGUGGAAGAAGAAAGGAAACAAGCACAGGACAUGCUUAAUAAUUCUGAAAAGGAAAAGAAUAAUUUAGAAAUUGAUCUAAACUACAAACUCAAAAUGUUGCAACAGCGUUUAGAUCAAGAAAUAAAUGAGCAUAACAUAGAUAAAGCUCGGCUGACUGACAAACAUCAGUCAAUAGAAGAGGCCAAGUCAGUUGCAAUGUGUGAAAUAGAAAAAAAGGUAAAAGACGAAAGAGCAGCAAGAGAGAGAGCAGAAAAUCGAAUUGUUCAAAUUGAAAAACAGUGUUCCAUGCUUGACUUUGAUCUGAAACAAUCUCACCAGAAGUUGGAACACCUUUGUGAGCAAAAAGAAAGGCUAGAAGAUGAGGUUAAAAAUCUUUCACUUCAGCUUGAAAAUGAAAUAAAUAAGAGAGUGAUGACACAGAAUGAACUGAAGAUGCAUGCUAUAGAAGCAGACAACUUGAAAGGUUCUGAGAAGCAGCUAAAACAGGAGAUCAACACAUUGUUAGAAGCAAAGAGAUUAGCUGAAUUUGAGUUGGCUCAGCUGGCUAAGCAAUAUAGGGGGAAUGAAGGUCAGAUGCGUGAACUACAAGAUCAACUAGAAGCUGAGCAGUAUUUUUCUACACUUUACAAAACUCAGGUUAAAGAACUUAAAGAAGAAAUUGAGGAAAGGAAUAAAGAAACUCAGAAAAAAAUACAGGAAUUACAAAAUGAAAAAGAAACGCUUGCUGCCCAGCUGGAUCUGGCUGAAACAAAAGCUGAGUCUGAGCAAUUGGCCCGAGCUCUCCUUGAAGAACAAUGUUUUGAACUUACUCAGGAGAGCAAGAAAGCAGCAUCACGAAACAGACAAGAAAUUACAGAUAGAGACAAUAUUGUAAGCCGGCUUGAAGAAACAAACAAUGCACUGACUAAAGAUGUUGCAUUCCUAACCAAAGAAAAUGCUGAACUCAAAGAAAAGAUUAAGAAAGUAGAAGAAGACUAUAAACUAAAGAAAGAGGAGGAAGUCAACAGCAUUAAAAUGCAGUAUGAAAAGAACCUGAACACUGAAAGGACCCUUAAAACUCAGGCUGUCAACAAGCUAGCAGAGAUAAUGAAUCGGAAGGAUUUUAAACUGGACAGAAAGAAAGUAAACAUGCAGGAUUUCAAGAAAAAAGAGAAAGAAAACAGAAAGUUACAGUUGGAACUUAACCAAGAAAAGGAGAAAUUUAAUCAAAUGGUGAUAAAAUACCAGAAGGAGCUUAAUGAAAUGCAAGCGCAACUUGUAGAAGAGUCUACAUAUAGGAAUGAACUUCAAAUGCAGCUGGAUAGUAAGGAGAGUGACAUAGAACAACUGCGUAGCAAAAUUUCAGACCUACAACAAGGCAUGGAGUCUACUAGCGUGGCCAGCCUGCAACCAGAUGAAACUGAUGGUAAUGUUCUGGAAUCAAGAAUGGAGGGUUGGCUUUCCAUACCAAAUAAAGGAAAUAUAAAACGUCAUGGAUGGAAGAAACAGUAUGUUGUGAUAAGCAGCAGAAAGAUUUUGUUCUAUAAUGAUGAACAGGACAAAGAACAAUCUAAUCCAUCCAUGGUAUUAGAUAUAGAUAAAUUAUUUCAUGUUCGACCAGUAACACAGGGAGAUGUAUACAGAGCAGAAACUGAGGAAAUUCCCAAAAUAUUUCAGAUUCUGUAUGCCAAUGAGGGAGAAUGCAGAAAAGAAUUAGAAGUAGAACCAGUGCAGCCAGCAGAGAAAACAAAUUUUCUUAAUCAUAAAGGUCACGAGUUUAUCCCUACACUAUACCACUUUCCAGCCAACUGUGAGGCAUGUGCCAAACCCCUCUGGCAUGUAUUUAAGCCACCCCCUGCAGUGGAAUGUCGACGAUGCCAUGUUAAGUGCCAUAAAGACCACUUGGAUAAAAAGGAAGAAUUAAUUGCACCAUGUAAAGUGAGUUAUGAUGUAACUUCAGCAAGAGAUAUGUUAUUGUUGGCAUCAUGUCAAGAAGAACAAAAGAAAUGGGUUUCUCAUUUAGUAAAGAAGAUCCCCAAGACACCACCAUCGAGUUUCAUUCGUGCUUCUCCCAGAACUCUUUCUACAAGGUCCUCAGCCAAUCAGUCAUUCAGAAAAGUUAAGAAUGCUUCUGGAAAAGCUAGGUCAAAGGAAUAUGGAUCUAUGGGGGACAUUACCCAUUCAGAAAACUCCAGUUAUUGCUAACAGUGUGUGCAGUGCUCCAUGGAAUCUGGCAGGAUGCAGUCUGAGAAAGCUGGACUUUUUUCAUCAUUCUGAGCAAUGCAGACUGGUUGUUCCUUCCACCCCAUCACAGACAUCAGGGCUAAGACUGCUAUUACUCUCUCUCCUCCUUGCUUUGGCACAAAAAGCAUGCUGAGGGUGUCUUAUUGCGGGUUUGCCUUAAGGUAGAUUAGAUUAAUUAUUACUGUGUAAUGCAAAUAAAAGCAAAUAAAGCUUAGCUAGGAAUAAGGUUAAAGUGCUGCCUUUUUGGAUUCUAAAAAAAAUGCCCGUCAAUCAUGAUGGAACACAGUGAGCUUUUCUCAUGUUGAUGAGAAUGAAGAGUCGUUUACCCUGUGGGAGGGGUAUUUUAAUCAAGUUGAGUACACAGAAUUGAGUAGAUGGAGAAGGUUUCUCAGUCUGUUUUUUUUGUAGAAGACUUAAAGUUGUGCUGAAGAAAACAACAUUUGCUUGAAAAUGAAGUCGUAUAUAAUCACUUGAACUUCAGUGCCUUUUCUGCAAUGUUAUUAAUGCUAAUCCUUGAUUAUGAAACAGCUCAAAGCGUUAAAUAUUUUGUGUACUGCUUUACAGAUUACUGAUUCUGCAUAUUUGUAAAGGGGGAGAAAAUGAGUAAUUACAUAUCUAUGCAUUUUUGCCAAGCCAUACAGAAUUUUACUUCUAUAAGCAUUAUAAACUAACUGUUAAACAACCAUGUUUUGAAGCAUAUUUUGGUACCUGAUGUUUCUAUAAUUUGUAUUACAUAUUGCAUUAACCAUUUGAAGUGCAGAUUAGAGUCACACACACACUAUAUGCACUGUUUGAAAUGUAAAUUAUUGUUAGACUUUUAAUUGAUGUUCUUUUAGUGCCUUAAUCUGAGGAUUUUUACUGCCAUGUCAGUAAGUGUAGAGAUCUCAAACACCUAUUAUGUGUGUCAAUGGUUUUAUUGAUUAAAAUAUUGUAGAAUGUAGUUCCAUGUUUUCAGAAGAGUACAAUUUUAAAUAAAAACGCCUGUUACCAAGAGAGAUUUUUAAUCCUAAUAUGAAAGGUAGUAAAGGCUUCUACCUUGAAAACAAACAAAACACCUAUGACACUUUAAAAAUAUAGAUAAUACAGGAAUUGAAGCUCUUGCUUUGUAGCAGGAAUAUUGUUGUGGUAUGAACAGUAUGGUUUAUUUUAUUUUUUAACCAAAUACCUCUUCAGUAAUUUAUAAUGGCUUUGCAGUUGUGUAUUAAACACGAAGCACUGGAAAACUGAUUCGUCUUCAGGACGAUUUACACGUUUCAAGUGGUAUUGAAAGCCACGCUAAUGGAUAUGUAAUGAACAUAUCUGUUAUUAAUACAGUAAUGA